GGUCAGUUCAUUCUGAUUUUCAUCUGCCUCCACUCUGGUUCGUCUUGGAUGAGCUCAUUGGAAAGAUCUUCUAAUAUCUGAAUUAUAGUUUUCAGCCAUGGGGGACUGGUCUUACCUGCUGACACUGCUACACAAGGUCCAAUCUCACUCAACUAUAGUGGGUAAGAUCUGGAUGAGCGUCCUCUUCCUGUUCCGGAUCUUUGUCCUAGGUGCUGCUGCAGACAAUGUUUGGGCAGAUGAAGUGUCAGAGUUCUACUGUGACACUCAAGAACCUGGAUGUGAACAUGCUUGCUACAACUGGAAGUUUCCAAUAUCCUUUGUACAUUACUGGGUCCUGCAGAUCACCUUUGUGUCAACUCCUACCCUUGUCUAUCUGGGAUAUGCUGUACACAUAAUUCAUAAAGAGAAAAGAAUGAUGGAACAGCUGCAGGAUGGAAUUGAUGGAACUAAAUUAAAGAAACGUAAAUAUACGGAUGAUCGUGGAAAGGUGAAGUUAAAAGGGACACUCUUUUGCACGUAUAUGACACAGCUCUUUUUAAAGAUCUUCCUGGAAGUUGGAUUUAGUGUGGGCCAGUUUUUUAUCUUUGGUUCCCCAUUCAUUCACUUAAAGUUCCACUGUAAAAUGUCUCCUUGUGCCGAAAUGGCUGGUGCCCAGUGUAUGGUCUCCCGUCCCACAGAGAAAACGAUCUUUAUCUUUUUUAUGCUUGCAGUUUCAGGCAUUUCAGUACUCCUGAAUAUAAUUGAGAUCAUUUACCUGUGCUGUACAAGGAGAAGAGAUAACAGGAAACAGUUUUUAUGUGAACAGCAUGAGCUCAGUUCACAGUAUUACCCAUUCAGUCGAGCUGGCCGAAACACGAAUCGCCCACAUGGAGGAGUUCCAUUGUUCACUCUGCCAGCUCAUGCUAAGACGGGACUCAGCGCUAAUGAGAACCACAGUGAUUCCAUCGUUAAAGAGAAGGAUACCUGACAGAAAGGAUUUCUGAGUAAUCAUAUAUAAUCAUUUGACAGGAUCUGCUCUUAUUGAACUUUUUGUAAGUAACCUUAAACAUAAAAACCUUAUAUGGUGUUUAGCAAUAUGAAUUAUUUCUGUUAUGCAUUGUUCAGAAACCAGUCUUUUUUUAUCCACUUUAAAAACAUUUACCAAUCAUUAAUAAAGAAUUGAUUAUCAUUCCACACCCUACUUUGUACAUUGACACUGGGCAGGAUAGCCUAUAUUCCUCAAAGAAGGAAAAAGAAUGUGGCUGAAUUGCACAAGGCUGCUGAUGUUCACUCCUCAGAGUUCCAACACGAAAUGAGUUCUCGGCUGACUCCACCUCCCUUUAUACCCUUCCCUCUUUUCAAACCUGUAUUAACCCUAUGUGUGUAAACUCUUUUUAAGAUUCCCUGCAUAUUUGACUUUAAACAUUGUAAAAUCUAUUGUUUUUAAUAUAUAUUGCUAUUAACUGUAUUUGUUUUGUGUAAAAUAGAUUUUGUGUAAACGAACUGUUUUUAAUGUUGUACCAUAUUAUAAGCCUUUUUGAAUAGAGUGAUGUUGAUGGGUUAGGGAAAAAGAAAAUGAGGGCUCAGUUGCCAAAGGCAAUGCACGGGCCAUCCUUGCUCCCGGCUCAAGGACCCAUGUCCCGCACUUGCUGCCCUGGAAAAGGGGUUUCUUUCACAUCCUGAGUCUGAAGUAGAGGGAGAGAGGGAGAUAGACAGAGAGGGCUGAGUUUGAGGUCUAGGGUCAUCCCAGCAUAGGGUAAAAGGUGGUAAGGGGAAAUGAAAUUUGGGAGUCUCCAAUGCACAGGCCAUAGCUGCUCCCAUCUCAGGUGUCCAGGUCUCCAGCAGCAGGCCUCAAAAGAGUUUUUUUUUUUUUAAAAUUUUAAAUAUUUUAUAUUGAGCGUCAAGAGUGUAAUACAAAGACAUACAUGUAACAAAGACACAAUGCUCCUUUUUAUAUGUGUACCCCACCCCAAGAACAUAUUGGACACCAAUCCAGAGAGAAAGAGAAAGAAAAAACGAAAAAAAAAAUUUUAAACUAGAAAAAUUUGCAUUUCCUGUGAAAAUGCUGUGUGGAUCCUCUAAAGCUGAAGCUGUCUGCUGAAACUAGCUGAAAAAGCUAAAAAGUUGCAGAGAUUGUAAAAAGUUUGCCGAAGCAAAUGAACUUGCUAAAAUGUAAUUACCUAGCAGAACUGCAGUAUAUUAGAGGAAACAUAAUACUUGGAAGAAAUACAAUAACAUAACAGAACUUCUCAGAAAUCUUAGCAAAACCAUCAUACCUUCUCAGAAAUAGAAGAAUUUAGGAGAAAUAGUAUAAGAUAACAGAAAUAAUAUAUUUAGCCAAAAAUACUUAAACAUUACAGAAAUACUAUGAUUUAGAAAAAUACUACAACAUAGCAGAAAUACUGUGAUUUAGCAGAGACACUGUGAUGUACCAUGAAUACUGUAAUUUUUUCACAAAUACUAUAAUUUAGGAGAAAUACUAUCAUUUACCAGAAAUGCUGUUUCAGCACAAAUACUCUGGUUUAGCACAAAUAUUAUAACAUAGCAGAAAUACCAUUAUAUAGUAGAAAUGCUAUAUUUAUAAAACAAUAUAUAAUUUCGUAGAAAUACUAUGAUUUAGCAGAAAUACCAUGAUAUAGCAGAGAGAGAAGUGUUGACUAUUUAAAAUAAAAAUAUGAAUUAUUAGAGCUAUAUGACUUACAUGAAUGGCUGGUUGGUAAGCACAGCAGGCCCCGAUAUGUAAAUUUGAAUGUACCUGCCCUCACAGACGAUUGGCUGGCUGGGAAGCUGGGAAGGCCCAGAUAUGUAAAUGUGAAUGUGCCAGUCUUCACAGAGUAUUGUGAUCCACCAAUCAGAGAUGAUGCUUCUGUCUGCUUUAUUAAGCUGUGUAGUUGUUCCUGUUAAUACAGCUGCACCCCUUGCUCACAAAGACAGAUACACUGGCUUUCUGCAAUGUACUUCUGACAUCGAGCAGUAACAUAACAUCUUAGGAAAACCUUUGUGACUAAAGAGAGACAUGAUAACUUAGCAGAAAUACUAUAUUUAGUAGAAAUACCAUGUUUUAGCAGAAAUACUAUAAUUAAGCAGAAAUACUAUAUUUACCACAAAUACUAAAAAGUAGCAGAAAUAUUAUAACUUAACAGAAAUACUAUGAUUUAGCAGAAUAGUAAUAACUUAAGUAGAAAUAUUGGAAAAACAAAAUGGACAGCGGAAAAAAACCUGUACAUGGUUAGGUUACAAAACUACUUGUUGUUCAACUGUGAAAAAUUGGCAGAAAAAAAAAACCAAGAAAGAAAAGCAAUCAGAUACACACAAUUACAAAUAUGGACACAUAUGUAAACACAAAUCCACAGACAGACACACACAGGAUAGAUGCCAGUCAAUCAGUCUGAAUACAGUCAAUGUGAAUCCUAAGUUGAGAUGCUGCCAAAAAAAAGGUCUCUUUCUCUCUCUCUCACACACACACACACACACACACACACACACACACACACACACAGAGCAGCAAGUGAACAGACAGGGGCUGUUAAUAGUUUUAGCAGCAUGUUUCUAGGUCAGUCAAACAGCCUGGAGCUGGUCAAUUUGAAUCCACCAAUCACAGAGGUUGUGUACUUUUUCCCGCCAAAACAGGUGCACCCUUACACACACACACACUCAUAAAAAUUAGUCAUUGGAUGAACUCAAUUUGAUUGAUGGCAGGUUUUCCACGUAAUACAUUUAUUUUGGUUCAACCAAAUCUACAUACAUCAUGACAAUUUAAUUAAAUUGAGUCAGUAGAACACAAUUUUUUAAACACAUUUAAAAGGAAAAAAAAUUACAUUAAUAAGAUGUGAAAGGUUUUGGUUGGUUCAAAUCAAUACAAUGUCAUUCAUUUGAGCUAGAUUUUCUUUCGAAUUGAAAUGAUUUUAAGUUCAACUAAAUCAUAAUUUUAAUUACCAGAAAACUAAUUUAAUUAUUAAAAUAAUGACAAAAUGAAUUUUUUUUUUCAACUCAGUUUUAUUCACUUGAAUUAAAAGCAGAAACAUAAUUUUUUGUGAAUAAACAUACAUGUCACAUGGUCAAAUUAACCUUAACAAAAUCAAAGUGCUCACAAAAAAGUGCCUUACAUUUGAAAUGGAUAUCAAAUCUGAAACCUCCCCCCCAUUUGUAUUACCAGGCAAGACUGAAAGCAAACUGGAAUUUGUAAAAUCCAAUUUCACGUAAGAAUCAUUGUAUAUAUAUUUAUAGUGACACUUGCAGGUAGGUUUUCAGCAAAUUUACAAUGAUAACUUCAUAAACAUUGCAAUUCACACCAUAUUAUGCGAGUCACUGAACAUUUUAAACAACCUAAAAAUACUUAAAUAC